AUGAAGCCAGUAAAGCAUCUGUUGGCCUCGAGUAAUAAAUUGGCAAAUGUUCCAGAAUUAAGUUACAGAAAAGGACUACUUAAUUCACCAUUGUCACCUAAACCAAAGGAAAAACAAAGUUCAAAAUUAGUACGUAAUAAACUUGAACCAAUGGUGUUAAGAUCUCCACCAACAGGAGAAUCCAUCGUGAGGUAUGCUUUGCCCAUUCCAUCAAGUAAAACAAAGGAGUUAAUAGCAGAAAAUGAAUUGCUCAGGAAAAUUACCAAGCAUCUGAAGAUGGUUGUUUCUACUUUGGAAGAAACCUAUGGGAUUGGCAAUGGAAAUGAAAAACUAGUUGUGAAGGCUGAACGUGAAAAAUUAUCUUUAUCUGUCAGGGAUGAUCUGAAUUCAUUCAUGGUAUGUUCACAAUUUGCAACUCAGUUAGAAGAAGCAGUUAGAGAGGAACGUCAUAUUUUGGAAUCUCUUUUUAAGUGGUUUCAGCACCAGGUCAAUCAGUUGGAGGAGGUAAGUAAAGAUCAAAGUCUUUCAGAAGCAGAGUUGCCAGCACCGGAUAAAGCAUCCACUUUAAGUGGCACACAAGCAGUGAAGCGUGUGCAAAAUCUUGAAGAGCUGAAAGAUCGCCUUGAAGACAGUGGCGAAAACUCCUCUAAAGUCAUAUUAUAUAAGCCCAAGAAUAGUGAAAAUCUACCAGAAGCAGUACAAGGUUAUGAAAAUGUAUUGCAGAAAAUUGAAGAAUUUAUAAAAACCCACUCAGCUGUAGGACUUAUAGAUAUUUCUGCAACUGAACCACAAACUACUUAUUCAGUACCUAAUCAAUUGAAUGCCAUGUUGAAAAUAUUUGAAAAACAGUCAAAUAUGUUAGAGAGAGCUAAGAAUGAUCAAAUUCUGUUAGAAACUAAAUACAAACAGAUUCAAAAUGAUUUCCAAAUUUUAUCAGAGGAGAAAUUGGUGCUGGAAAAUGAACUACAAAAGUUGAGAAAUAAAGAGGAAACGAAUCCAACAGAGACAAGAGGGAAGAAGGGAGGGGGAGCAGGGGAAAAGGAAAGCAAGGGGAAAAGAGAGAUUAAAAAAAGGAAAAAAAAUAAGGAAAAGGAAGGGAAGGGGAAAGUCAAGGAACAUAUAGCAAGGACUCAGAAAAUAGCUUGUGCUCUGGAAACUGAGAACAAAGCCAUUCAGGAACAACUGAAACAAGCUUUACAGGAAGCUGAAAAAGCUAAGCAUCAACUAAAGUAUUUCCUAAAUCAAAGGGAGUUACUUAAAAGUGACAAGAAAUCUAAGACAACAAUGGAAAGGAAUAUAAGUAAAACAAAUGUAAGUGAAGAUUCACAAUCUAUACCUUUGGAGAAAGAAACAAGAAAAGAACAAGUUGCAGACUCAAGGGGAUAA